AUGAGCACAUGCUUAAAAACUACGGAUCAUCUGUAUACCCAAGUUCCGGAGUCAACCGAUUGCAGUUCCUCCUCCUGUCCCCCGUCCGCCUCAUCCGAGGAAUUCGCCCCGGAAGGAUAUUUGAUUCUCACUUUUGACAAAGCCAAACGGGCUAAACUUAAAACUGCCAUUUUUGCCGAUGUUUCCGAUUGUCGUUUUGCGGAUGACUUUGACGACGACGACGACAAUCCGAUUGAGGACGACCUGGACGAGCCAGUUCCGCCGUGGACAUCACACGACAAUUCCACACAAUCGACAUUACCACCACCACCACCGUCCAAUCAGUCGGCCAGUGGGCUCAGCCCAGAUUCCGCUUGCCAUUCAACCAGUACCGUACAUUCGGAUCACGCAAUCCUGGCGUCCACAACCGCCUGUUACGGAGAAGCGGUCUGGGUCGGUGAAAACGGAUGCACGACAAACUCCGGUGAGGAGUUCACCGACGAACGAGUCGCUCUCUCCUCCGGCGACAAGACCGCAUCAUCCGGAACGCAAAGCCAUAGCCUUAUUCGUACCAGUCCCAUUGUAUUAUGCACAACCCGAAGUCCUGGAUCAGGCCUAUCCCCCGUCAAAUCGAAUGAUUUGAGUACUAAACGCACAGUUGUACUUCGCUGUGCACCAUCAUCUGUCCUCAUGAAUGGUGGUAGCCAAACACCAUCACCUUCCAGCGGAUUCUCUGACACUACAUCUGACACAAUCUCUUCCCACCCGCUACCUUUUCGCUCAUCCAAUCGUCUUUUGACCCCGAACUCGGGUCCCAAUUCAGUGAACAGUGCCGGUCGUUUCCUACCAUCCGCCCAUCAAUCCAGUUUGUACUCACGCUCCCGAUUCCACACGGGCUCGGUCGAUUGGCGACAUCACAGUAUACACGGCCGAAACUGUGGAAAAAUGUUACGCUGUGAAGCCUGUGGUAAAUACUAUCGGAACGAAUACAGUUUGGAUCAUCACAUCUGUUUGAAACGUAAAGAUGUGUGGAAAAAAGGGGAUGUGCCCUCUAAAAUCAUCGACGGUCAGGUGGUGUUCUUUUGUCCCACUUGCCACAAACCAUUCAAAUGGCUUGGGAAUCUGACCCGACACUAUUACGUGCACACGGGUCAGCGAUUUUUCAAAUGUGAUAUCUGUCCGAAAGAGUUUUUCUCCGCCUACCAAGUCCGACGUCAUAUGAACUCGCAUACGGGUGUCCGAUUCAAAUGUGAGGUCUGUGAGAAACCAUUCACAUGCAAAUAUGCAUGUGCCUGGCACACACGUCAGCACUACACCUAUGUGGAAUAG